AGCACAUCUCAAGCUCGCUUUCGUCGAUACAGAGUAACUAUCUAACAAUGUCGCAGCAACCUCAGGCUCCUAACAACAACCGCCGAGUGUCGCUCGCAUGUGUCCCCUGUCGCUCCAAGCACCUCCGCUGUGACGCGACGACGCCCGUGUGCACCCGGUGUCGCAGCGAAGGUCUGCAAUGCGUCUAUCUCAAGUCUCGCCGCGGAGGCCGUCGACCGCGACAGCCAUCUACUCACAUCUCGACAGACACUUGUCAGGUAUCUCAAAUUUCCCCAGGUCUACCAUCGCAGCAGCAGCUCCCUGCUCCAGCCGACGAUCCACUGAGCAACCCCAACCCCGCCCGAUCCACCUCGUCGGAAGACGACCGGAGCCACUCUGACCGGGCGACCAGCGUCACCGUCUCGAUGCACAGCGAAAAUAUGAGCGACUCAUCUUUGAGCGAACAGUUUUUCUCGCAGUAUUAUUCGUAUUUUCAUGCCGCGCAGCCGUGUAUGCUGCCGUUGUGGGCGUUGAAGCAGCGGAUGGCGACCGACGGGCGGCCGCUCCAGACGCUGGUAUCCGUCGUGCAGUACAUUGGCUCCGUGUUUGCAAAGUCGGUCAUCUCGGCGUCGAUGAAGGUGGAGGCAGAGCAGGCUGUGGCGUCGAUCGGAAUGAAUGGGCCUGCGACGGGGUUCGAUGUGCAAGCUCUUGUUCUUCUUUCGAUCGCGGUCUAUUGGGCCAACGAGCCGGAGAAAGCGCUCAACAUGCUAGAUAGGUCAAUUGCGUUGGCGCUUGAACUGGGAAUGAAUAGGCGGGGAUUUGCGUACGCUCAUGGGCAGAAAGAUCCGAUGCUCGAGGAGUGCUGGCGGCGGACGUGGUGGCAACUGUACAUCACGGAUGCACAUAUCGCUGGGAGCACCAGCACAUUUCCUUUCCGAACCAGCAACGUCGAGAUGGAUGUUGACUUGCCGUGCGAUGAGGAGUUUUAUGAGUCAGGGAACAUUCCCCGAGUGCGCACCCUGCAAGACUACGAUAUGCGUGAGUUCCUCGACGAGGAGGACCGGGUCUUCUCCUCCUUUGCGGAGCUCGUCGGGUUGACGCGCAGUCUCGAUCUUGCGCUUGCUGCCCGCCAGAACAUGACCAGCGCCACCGCACCGGCCGUCUGCGCCAACACCGAUGCCAGCGUGACGGCCUGGCGGUCGCUCCUUCCUCACUCCAAGCGAGAUCUCGUUCGGGGGGACGGCUCCGUUGAUGAGCUUCUCUUCAAAGCCAACAUCAUCAUCCACACAUAUGUCGUUGAUCUCCACCGGCAACUAUCGACACUCGCGUACAGCCCCAUCGAAGCAAUCGCACACUGCGCUCCCAACGCUCCACCAGAGAGCCUCCGAGGCUGCAACUCGACCGAGUGCCAGCUGCACACAGCCAAGGUACUCCGCGCCAUCGACCAGUUCGACGAACUCCUCACGCUCCCCACCAACAUCGCCACGCACACCCCCUUUAUCAUUUGCAUGAUCGCCAACACGGUCAUCGCCCAUCUCUCGGCAUGCCGCUUCCACUACCAGGGUCACCAGCUGAAGCUCGCUCGCGAACGGAUCCGGCUGAGUAUGGGCGCGCUAAAGGUUCUCGGAGAGUACUGGCCGAUGGGGCUGCGGACGUAUAAGGAGGUAGGCAUCGUAGCGAGAGAGAUUCUAGGCUUGAAAGAUCAGCAGCAGAAGAAUGUUGUCGAGGUUAGCACGCGGGAGAUUACGGUGCCACCCGUGGUUCCAGAGUAUGUUCCUCCGACCCAGCAGGUCCCUGUGUCUUUUCCUCAACAAGAGAUGCACGAAAUACCGAUGUACAUGGACCAGCCCUCUCUGGAGGACUUUCAGCUGCUGGAGACGAGUUUUGAUUUCUGCGGACUGUUUGAUAUGAGCAUGGCGUCUAUUCCGGUUCUGUGAUCAGCACAUGUAGGUAAUGCACCUCUUCUGCCUCAGGCUCGACUUGUCUGUUCCAUUUAAAUCGGAUAAACGGCUUCACUCACAUAAAGUA